AACGUACCUGUUUGCCGCAAAGCGGACACUGCUGCAAAAAUGCCGUUUUUAAAGGGGCAGAUCCCAGUCCAGCUGCACGGCUUCCAGAAGUAGCGAUUCAUCUCACAACAUCAAUAUCUGGGGGGAAAAGGACAUAUUCGGUGGUUCCAGGUGACGAAGUGCUCUUGACGCCAGUAUGGAGCCCUCGCAACAGCCAGGAACUGUGGACUCGUUUCAGGUUUACGGCGAAGCGUUAAACCCGGAGGCCGGCCACGACCUGUCCUGUUCCCAUUUGCUUCCGCCGCAGGAGGCCCCCUUGCUGACGCCAUCGGAGAGGAUGGAGAUACAGGAUAGCCUCGGUAUCCUGGACGAGCCGCAUUCCUUAGAGCUGCCCCAGUGCCCGGUUGAGGAUUUCUAUGACCAGGUGUUUCCCGAGCAGUCGGAGCAGUCCUCUGGUCCCCAGGCUGCCCGUGCGUCCGGACAGGAGCAAGAAGGCGCUUCGACACCAAAGGAGAAGGAGCAAGAGGACAAAAGGAUGGAGGUUCUGGAGGACUCUGAACUGAAACAAGGGUCUGAAGGGGAACUGCCAGAGUCACCGCUUGAGGAGUCGGCCCUCCCGUGCACGUUGGCCCUCCCCGAAUGUGGACGGGACGCUCUUUCGUUGAACGUAGAUGCUCUGAGCACUGAGAAUAGGCCUGAGGGGCCAGAAGAGGCAGGGGCUGCCAAAGAAGGGGUAAAGGAAGAGCCGAGCGUGCAGGGGGAUCUGGACCAAUCUGGAUCCGCCGCAGAUGGGAAUCUUUUACAGGGAGGGCAACCCGCAGACACGGGGGCAGAGGAGAAAACGAAGGAAGAGUGUGGAGAUGGAGCAGCAGAGGGCGCUACUGACCCGCAGUUAAGUGGAGCCAAACUUGGGACAGAAACUGAAGGGAAAGGUCUUCCUGCACCAUCAAGUCCAACAGGAAAUGCAACCACAUCACAAAAUGUUAAGGACACGGGGGACUGUCACAGAGAGCCACGGUUACGGAGGACAGAGUCGAGAGCAGCAUCACAGAAGUCGCUGAGCAGCGACCAGCUCUCUGAUGAUGACUCGGAUGUGAUGGUGGAUGACCCCAACGAUGAGGAUUUCGUUCCGCACGCGACGCCCACAUCCCGCCGCUCUGCCAGGUUGCCUUCAAGAAAUCAGAGGACCUCUGAUGCCCUCCAUGCGGUCGGCCAGUCGAGCCCCUACACCGGCGGCUGCCCCUCAAGCCAGUCCAGGCCUGCUCGUUCCCAAGCUGCCAUCCAGAAGCCAGGGCAGCCUCCCGUGCAGCAGCAGGUCCCACCCCGGCAGCCCUCGAAGAUGCACUGCGCAAACUGCCACGUGCCCUUGACUAAAGGCCAGACAGCCUACCAGCGCAGAGGCAUGCCCCAGCUCUUCUGUACCUCUACUUGCCUCUCCACUUAUGCCAAGAGACCACCCAAGAAGAAGCCUUGUGUCUUCUGUAAAACGGACAUUGCAGGUCUAAAGGAAACGGUUUUUGCCCAGACAGGGCCAUCCAAUUCUUUCCAGGAGUUCUGUAACAACAUAUGCCUUUCGUUGUAUGAGGCUCAGUGUGAGAAAAACGCUCUGCGUGUGACCAGUCCUGUCGGUCAAAAGUGCAGCAUGUGCCACAAGGUUGGGGAGAUCCUCCAUGAGGUGAGCAGUGGGAACCUGGUGCACCGCCUGUGCAGCGAUGCGUGCUUCACCCAGUUUCGUGCCACCAAGGGCCUGAAGACGAGUUGCUGUGACUGCUGUGGCCUGUACAUCUACACCAAGACAGCUCAUGCUGAAUAUUUGCUGCAUGAAGGCCAGCAGAGGCGCUUCUGUGGCCCCGCUUGUCUGGCUCAGUUCAAGAAGAAAAAUGCCAAAGUGCUUCCAUGCCAGUGGUGCAAGACCUUGUGUAAGAACUUUGACAUGCUGUGCAAGGUGGACCCUCAUGGGAAGCCCUUGUUCUUCUGCUCUGUCUGUUGCAUCACAUCGUACAAAGUGAAGACCUCUUGUGACUCAGUCUCAUCAUGGCCUUGUAGUUUCUGCCACCGGACACUCUCAGAACCUGCGUAUUAUCUCAAGACCAACCAGGUGAUCUACCAAUUCUGUAGCCCCAGCUGCUGGACCAAAUUUAAGAGCAACACUUCCGACAGCGACAUUCAGUUGAAUUGUCACUCCUGUCACAAUAUGUUUAAUGGAAAGCCGGAAAUAUUAGAUUGGCAGGGUGCCAUUUUUCAGUUCUGUUGUAAGGAGUGUUGUGAAGACUACAAGCGGCUACAUGGUGUUGUAUGCAUUUGCGAACACUGCAAGCAGGAGAAGCUCUUGCAUGAGAAGAUCAAGUUCUCUGGUGUGGAGAAGAACUUCUGCAGUGAAGGCUGCAUCUUGCUGUAUAAGCAGGACUUCACCAAAAACCUGGGCCUGUGUUGCAUUAAUUGCACGUACUGCUCCCAGACCUGCACACGCGCUGUCACCGAGGAGCUGGAUGGUAACACGUGGGAUUUCUGCAGCGAAGAAUGCAAGAGCAGAUACCUCCUGUGGUACCUGAAGCAGAAAGAAGCAGAGAAUAACAGCAACCAGCACUCGAGGUCCAAAGAAUCCACUUUGACUCCUGCUGUUAUGCAGUCCGCCAAACUGCCCGAGCACCUGCCUACCCACACCUUUGUACAGGUAGCCCGAUGUCACGCCUGCAAACGGCAGGGCAAGCUCCUGGAGACCAUCCAUUGGCGGGGUGAAAUCAAGCACUACUGUGACCAGAAAUGCCUCCUUCGCUUCUAUAGCCAGCAGAAUCAACCCAACCUGGAUACUCAGCAAGGCCCAGAAAGCCUGCUCAACAGUGAGUCCCCAGAAUCAAACUCCCCACCUGCUACAGCAAAGAAAGCUGAUGCUACAGGAAAAAUGCAAGAAUCCCAGCCAUCCCAGCAACCUCCGUCUCCCUCAUCUCCAACUGUGCCUCCUGUCAGCAUAACCAAGAAGAGUGUGGCCUCCCAAUGCAAUCCCAUGCUAAAAGAGCGUAGCACCACCUGCAAGCCUAAAAUAAAGUCUCAAGGGUGCCAAACAGAUGACAUGAUGAUUCCUCCGUUUGUGCUGCCUGUCCCUGUGCCGGUGUUCAUACCUGUGCCACUGCACAUGUACUGCCGGUAUGUGCCGGUGCCCCUUGGUAUGCCGCUGCCGCUCCCCGUGCCCAUGUUUCUUCCAACGACGCUUGAGAAUACGGAUAAGAUAGUGGAGGCCAUCGAGGAGCUCAAAGUUAAGAUCCCAUCCAACCCGCUGGAGGCAGACAUCUUAGCCAUGGCAGAGAUGAUUGCAGAAGCAUCAGAGAUGGGCAAGGCAUCAUCAGAUCUUUGCGAUUUGGUAGAUAACCCAAGUACGGGGGGCUUGCUGGAGGACUGCGACCUGUUUGAGUCAUCCAGAGACGACAUGCUCUCAAUGGCGGUUAAGAUGGCCAAUGUGCUUGAUGAGCCAGGUCAGGACUUUGAAGCAGGACUUUCCAAAGCUCCACUUGACCUAACUUCGGAAGAGUUCCUUUUGGACUGUGGGAUUGUAACGCCAGACAACGUUCAUUCGAGAAACGAGCAUCCUGUAGCUGUUCAGAAGGGGUCCAAGCGGCUGCGCUUGACGGAGGGCUGCACCGGGAACCAGGCAGGCAGCCGUCCCAGUGGAACGCAGUUAAAUCACACAUAUGGGAUCAAUGCCUGGAAAGCCUGGGCCAGAACCAAGCAACAUGUGACAGAGGACAGAAAGAAAAAACGGUUUAAAAUAAAAGAAGACAUCCUUUCCUGUUCAGCUGCAGAGCUGAAUUAUGGACUGGCACAGUUUGUGAAAGAAAUUUCCAGUCCCAAUGGGGAGCACUACGAGGCAGACAGCGUGUACUACAUGUGUCUUGGAAUUCAACAGUAUCUCCUGGAGAAUCACAGAAUGGUAAACAUCUUCACAGAUCAGUACUAUACGAGCUUUGUUCAAGAGCUGAAUAAGAUACUAAAUAAGUGGCAACCUGAAGUGUCGCCUGAUGGCGUCAUCCUUACAGACGUGGAGGAAGAACACCUCUGGGACUGCAAGCAGCUGGGUGUAUACUCACCCUUUGUCCUUCUGAAUACACUCAUGUACUUCAACACCAAGUACUUUGGUAUGAGGACCGUGGAGCAGCACAUGGAACUGUCCUUCACCAAUGUACUACGACAAUCCCGCACGACCACGACAACACGAGGCCCUGUCAAGGUGCACACAGUUUGCUACUAUCCAAGCUUACGGCACAGAAAGACUAAAGACAGCGCCCUGGGAAAGAGGAAACGGGAGGAGUCUGCGCCGGCCAAGGAGCAACACGAGAACAGGAUGAACCCGCUUAGAUGCCCUGUGAAAUUCUUCGAGUUCUACCUCUCCAAAUGCUCAGGCACCGUGCGGAACCGAAGUGACUUGUUCUACCUGCAGCCGGAACGCUCCUGCGUGGCCGAGAGCCCGCUCUGGUACUCGUCUGUUCCCGUGGACAGGGCCACCCUGGAGAGCAUGCUUAACCGCAUUUUGGCCGUCAAGGAGAUCUACAGUGACCAAGCAGCAGAGGGCUACACUGACUGACCACACUCCAAUCCUAAUCAAUCUUCUUCUGUAUCGACAUGUACCGCACCCACCCCUCAACCUGAGGUUCUGUAGUUUGGAGGAAGCUGUGGUGUUCUCCUGUCUGCAGUGACAGACAGACCAGGUCUUUACUUCUGCGCACUAAAAGCGAAGGUCGUAGCGCCGUAGCUUUGUGAACUCUGAGAAGACUCCGAAGGGUGUGUUGGUCCCACACCCAGGCUGCGGUGAUUCAGUCUUGCACAUUUCUGUCGCUUCCGGUGUUAUGGCUGGGUUACACCAGGGUGCAAGCAAGACUUUGGCACACUUUCAUUUCUGCAGAUUUCCACAAUAUUUAAGGAUGAGGAGCAAAAAUGCUGUCUAUCGUUACAAAAUUUAAGGUUGAAUUACAUUUUUGUCACCUGUCUCAUACCUGCUUUGCUUUAGUGAUGUAAAUAUGAAGUUCAGCUUUCUAAUCAAACAAAAGCAGUAAAUUUUUCCAUUUGUAAUUAUACUUGGUAUAAAG